AUGCAACGCUCUCCAAUAGACUCGCUGGAUCCCGACGUCAACUCCUCGAGAGCAGGUGAGAGGCCAUCGCAAAUGACAUCCAGUACUACUUCUUCUUCAGACUCCACCUCUCCUCGAUUUCCCAUCACCAGACUUGAGGCCACCGACAGAGCUGAAUGGCUGAGCAAGACAGUAGGUCGAAAUAGCGACGUGCGACCCUCCAGCGAACAACGGAGUCAACCCGCCGAAUCGCCUUCCUCGUCGACUCCCUCCACUCCGACCACCGCAACGCCAUCAUCACGCACCUACCAUAGCCUCAACUAUGCUCCUCGCCAACGCAAUUCGAUGCUGCGACCCAGUGCGGCUUCAGUUUUUCAGGCUCACUCUUCGCAAUUUAGCCAGGGACAGCCGCAAGCAUCGACAAAUGGUGCCACAUCUCUGUCUGGUCGGAUAUCUCCUGCUCAGCCAUCGCCCAACAUGCUCUCCCCCAACACCAGGAUUGCCUCGCACUCUUCACCCUUGACGGCCACUUCGUAUGUCACUACCUCCCCCUCAUAUCCUACCAUCUCGCUGCCGGAUGCCCCACCGCCGCGCAACAGCUCUCAAACUUCGGCGACCGGCGCAUCCGAAGCAGAUACUGCCCGAGCAGCCAUGGCUCGCAUUCAGCUACAGCAGAUGCAGGACGAAGCUCGUCGACUCGGCCUGACCGAAAAGAGUGCUGGUUGGCUCAUUCUCGAAGCGCUCCAAGCUGCUACUGAGGGCGAAUGGGCUGCGGUUGCAGAGCUUCUUGCCAACGGCGAUGCGACCCUUUUGCUUCCUCGUGACCCUCCAUCGGUGUUUACUUCGGCGUCACAGCUCAGCGCAUCCUUCGCAUACGACCACACCAUCUUCAACGCCUCGUCCACCUCGGCUAUUAGACCAACACCGUCGGUCGUACCCGAGUCGCUUCCCAUCUUGACGCUGUCUGGGCUCCGUGGUAGCCUGUCUCGAGCAUCUCCCCACGGCAAAGGAUCAGAUUCGGAGAGCUUCGAGCUCACCUUGCAGACCUUCGUCGUCAAGACCUCCCAGAGCUCCAUUUCCAACCUCAAAGACGCCGGCUCACGUCAAGAAACGCUCGAGACGCUUGCUCCACUGCCCAACGUGACCACGCCUGAUGACCCGAAGUGCCGUUAUCCCACCUUCUCUCUUUGGGCUUCCAACGCACAGUUUCCACUUCCCCCGCCACUCAACGCACGCACAACGUCUACUGGACACCAGGUAACAGGAAGGAAUCGAAGCCGAUCCAAUUCCAAGCUCAAUGCGGCCGGUUCUAGAGCUUCGGCAUCCUUUGCGAGUAUUUUUGGAGGCAGUGGUCGCGAACGCAGACGACACGCGACGACAGAGUCAGCUGGCUCGGAAAUGCUCGACGCUCAGAGGCUUUCCGCCAAUGCUGUUCAUCUGGACUCUGCAUCCUCUCGCGCUGCCCGCCCGCCGCAAACAGAGACUGACGGUAGUGCGCAAGAUUCAUCUAGCCUGGGAGCAGAGGUCCCUGAUGACGCCAACGAAGAAUCGAACGAGGACUCGGCGAGUGCGCAAGACUCGAGCAAGGUAUCAGCCUCCUUUGCCGACAGCAGCCGGAGGACAGUAUCUGUCUGGGUCGUCGACCAUCUUGUCCGUCGCUCGGCUGUGAUGAGGACGAUCCGAAAGACGCUCGAUACGCGCAUCAAGAAGAGACUCGCGACGGCAAAUAUCACAGAAUCCAUCUCCGAGGUUGUUGCCAGUUUCAGUGCAACCUACUUGCCGCCGGUGCCAUCCCUCAGUGACGUUUCUUCUUCGAGGUCCGGGGUUGACAUGAAUCGAUCUCGAGCCAGCUCUCCUGUCAACAUCGCCAAUCCCCCAUACCUGGCGGAUCCGGAUGACAUGUCGGACAACUUUCAGGACUUUUUCAACAGCAUUCGUGAUCAGCUGUACAAACUCGAAUCGACUGAUGAGCGGCAGUCGCAGCAGAAAGACAAUACUGCUGAAGCAAAUUCUGCCCUUCCUGCGUCUGCAUCUCUCGAAGCGCGGCGAGAUCAGCACGACCUCAUUGAACGCCAACUCGAGAUGGUCGAGAGUGUGCUGUGUGAAGAGGUCUACGACCGCAUCUUUUGCCCUGCCACCUCUCGCGACCGAUACCACGAUGAUGCACUGGCGUCACGCAUCGCUGCGCUCAAUGUGCUGGGUCUGUCGCUGCGCCAUCUCGGCUUAGAUGUUCCCUCCGAGCGGCUGCCGGGGGGCAACAAAGAGGUGGAGCAGAGCAAUGCGCUCUUCGACGGACUCGAUCGCAUCGUCCAGCAGUGCGGUGCAGAGUUGCAACGGCUCGAAAGUGCAUCGUGUCGUUCGCCGCACGCAAAGCUCGCGGUGUUGGUGAGGGCCCACAAGAUUGCAGUAGAAGGUACGGCUGAGCUGCCCAAUAUCAAGAUGCGAGAUGACGACGCUGACGCCGACGACCAAGAAAGAGAAACGGCCCCGACAGCAACGAAGAAAACGGCUGAUUCGACGAGCGCGGAUCUGAUCCUUCCAAUCCUCAUCUACAGCAUCGUAUCGUCCAAUCCUUCGCGCUUGGCGAGCAACUUGCUCUACAUCGAGCGCUUCCGUGCCGAGAGCCUGGUGCAGGGAGAGACGUCGUACUGCCUCGUCAACGUGCAGGCAGCCGUCGCAUUUCUGGAAAAUGUGGACGUCAAAGACCUCGGCUUGGACUCGAGUCAGAUCGGAGCGCACCUGCGUGUCACUGGCGCCGAUGGAGAACACGUGUCCCGUGCGUCUAGACAGUCUGCAUACGACAAGGUGGCUGCAACGGCUACGCUGGCGAUGCCAGCGCGGAUCAGGGGCAGGUUGACUCAAGAGAUUGGCGAUCUGGCCGGCGCAAGCAACAAGGUGAUUACGGGAGUUAUGGGUUCGAGCAUCUCGGCGUUCAGCCGCAUGAUGGGUGCCAGUGCUAAUGGUCCCGGGGCAGGCGGCGUUGGUGAUCCAAGCACGGCCGAAUCGACGGGUCGAAAACGUACGAAGAGCACGGCGUCAAUCAACAUAGCCGUGCCUCGGGGUGGAGCCGGCGCGGUGAACGUGCAUGCGUCGCCUGCAGGUGCCACAGCGCGCCCUCUCCGAUCGCGGACUUCGAGCAGCGGGACGCCGAGCAGCGUGACACCGACAGACUAUUCGCGUUGGGAGGAGCCGGGAAAAGAGAAGGACAUGAGCGAAACUCCGACUAGUGGGGUAGCGGACAAACCCAGUAUCGGGGAUCGUCUCGCAAUGUUGGGUCGGUUGGGGGCUUCUGCUCUGUCGUCUUCGCCUUCCUCGUCACUCGGAUUGGGUCUGCCUUCUGCAAUGACGACCGACGUAGCAGCGUCGAGUGCGGUGUCUGUCUCUGCACAAUCAUCGAUCGCCUCGCCACGCACAGUGUCGCGAGAGCUGCCUGGUCCACCGCCGCCGUCCAAGGCCGCUUCGGCGGGCCGAACCACAUCGUAUCUCGCCGCCCAGCUCGGACGAAUCACGACUGCUGCUCGUAGCGCGUCGUCUACCUCUCUUGCUGCAUCGGCAAUCGAGGACCUGCCUUCUGCUGCUGCGACAGCUUCAAAACCGUUACCUGCUUCGUUGCAGUCACCGUUUGCACCGCUCUCUCGUCCACCGACGGCCGAACGCCCGCUGCAUGUGGUAGUAGCAAGUACGGGCAGUGUCGCCUCGGUCAAGAUCCCGCUUAUUGUGGAAGAGCUGUUGAGCUACUCCAACGUGCGCGUUCAGGUUAUCGCUACGGAUGCGUCUUUGCACUUUUACGAUAAGUCGAUCAUUAAAGGACUGAACGAGACACACCCAGACGCUGGCUCGGUUGUGGACGGCGGGGAAUACACCGUGGCGUCACUCGCAGCGGAGAAUCUAGCCGCAUCACGAUCGCCCACUGCGCCACCCGCUUCGCUCCCGCGCGCGCACCUCUGGGUCAACGCAGACGAAUGGACCUCGUUCACGCGCAUUGGGGACCCUAUCCUGCAUAUCGAACUGCGUCGGUGGGCAGACAUCGUCCUCGUCGCCCCCGCCUCCGCCAACACGCUCGCCAAGCUGAAUGCAGGGCUGUGUGACGACCUGCUCACCAGCUUCCUGCGUGCGCUCUCGCCGACCACGCCGACGGUGCUUUUUCCGGCAAUGAACACCUUGAUGUACAUGCAUCCGCUGACAGAGGUGCACUUGAAGACUUGCAUGGAGGUGCUGGGGUACGAGGUAAGGGGUCCGGUGGAGAAGACGUUGGCAUGUGGGGAUACUGGGAGAGGGGCGAUGUGUGAGUGGACGGACGUGGUUGGGUUGGCUGUUGAUCGGUUCGGGCUGGUUAGAGAGGCAGAAGCGGAAGCAGGGGAAGGCAAGCGGAAGGAGGAAAGUAAGGAUGGUGUCUAG